GGUUCCAGCCCCUUCCGUCCGCCCCGCUCCGCCGCUGUCCUCCGCCGGCCCGCGUGGGAGGACGAUGGGUCAGCGCGGAAAAAGUGAAUGAGGGCGGCAGCGGUGGCGGCCGCAGCCAGCGCCUGACUCGGCGGGGCCCGAGCACCGCCCGCGUCCCGGCCCCCGGCACCAUGGACGCGCCGCGCGCCUCGGCGGCCAAGCCCCCGACCGGGAGGAAGAUGAAGGCUCGUGCUCCCCCACCUCCUGGAAAGGCUGCCACUCUGCACGUGCACAGCGACCAGAAGCCCCCCCACGACGGGGCCCUUGGGUCACAGCAGAACUUGGUUCGCAUGAAGGAGGCGCUGAGGGCCAGCACCGUGGAUGUCACCGUGGUCCUGCCCAGUGGUCUGGAGAAGAGGAGCGUGCUCAAUGGGAGCCAUGCAAUGAUGGACCUACUGGUUGAACUUUGCCUUCAGAACCACCUGAAUCCAUCCCACCACGCCCUUGAAAUUCGGUCUUCAGAAACCCAACAGCCUUUGAGUUUUAAGCCAAAUACUUUGAUUGGGACCCUGAAUGUGCAUACUGUGUUUGUGAAAGAAAAAGUUCCUGAAGAGAAGGUUAAGCCUGGUCCCCCUAAGGUGCCUGAGAAAUCUGUGCGUUUGGUCGUGAAUUACCUGCGGACACAAAAAGCUGUUGUGCGUGUGAGCCCUGAGGUUCCUCUCCAGAAUAUUCUCCCAGUCAUUUGUGCAAAGUGUGAGGUCAGCCCAGAGCAUGUGAUUCUCCUCAGGGACAACAUUGCCGGAGAGGAGUUGGAGCUGUCCAAGUCCCUGAAUGAGCUUGGGAUAAAGGAGCUCUACGCGUGGGACAACAGAAGAGAAACCUUUAGGAAAUCAUCACUUGGCAAUGAUGAGACAGAUAAAGAGAAGAAAAAAUUUCUGGGAUUUUUCAAAGUUAAUAAAAGAAGCAAUAGUAAGGGCUGUUUAACGACACCCAACUCCCCAUCCAUGCACUCACGUUCCCUUACGCUGGGUCCAUCCCUCUCGCUGGGCAGCAUCUCAGGGGUGUCCGUGAAGUCGGAGAUGAAGAAGCGCCGAGCCCCUCCUCCUCCAGGUUCAGGUCCACCUGUGCAAGACAAGGCAUCGGAAAAGGUAUCUCUAGGGUCGCAGAUUGAUUUACAGAAGAAGAAGCGGCGAGCGCCAGCUCCUCCUCCACCACAGCCACCACCACCAAGUCCCCUGAUCCCCAGCCGCACUGAGGAUAAGGAGGAGAACAGGAAGAGCACAAUGGUAAGCCUGCCCCUGGGGUCUGGCAGCCACUGCAGCCCGGAUGGAGUCCCACAGGUGCUGUCAGAGGCGGAGGAGACCGUGUCAGUUGGCAGCUGUUUUGCGUCAGAGGACACGACCGAGGACUCGGGAGUGAUGAGUUCCCCCUCAGACAUCGUCUCUCUGGACUCACAGCAGGACAGCAUGAAAUACAAAGACAAGUGGGCCACAGACCAGGAAGACUGCAGUGACCAGGACCUCGCUGGAACCCCAGACCUGGGUCCCCAGAAGAGCCCCUUGUGGGAGAAGAAUGGCUUUGAGAACUCACAUCUGAGAACUGAAAAAGCUGCCACAGCCUCAAAUGAUGAAGAAGACCUAUUAAUUACUGGACAGUUCCAUAAAACCCUUGCAGAACUUGAUGAAGACCUGGAAGAAAUGGAAGACAGCUAUGAAACCGACACCAGCUCCCUUACCAGCUCCAUCCAUGGUACAUCCAACCACUGCCCACAGGAUGCCAUGGUCCCUCAUGGCAACACAGAUACAAUCCCAGUAACAUUCAUAGGGGAAAUUUCAGAUGAUCCUGUGGAUUCGGGGUUGUUUUCCAAUAGAAACAACAAUGCUGGGUCUUUCGACUCGGAGGGUGUCACCAGCAGGAGAGCCUCCCUGGCGCCACUUCAGGCUGAGCACAGCCAGCCCCCUGGAAAGGCAAGGGAGGAAGUACCUGCCCUGCACCCCGUUUCCCAUGACAUGGGAAAAGGAAUCCGUGUGGCCUUAUCCAACAUCUGUAAAGAUGGAAAUCUAAUGGAAACGGUGCCCAGGGUGACUUCUUCUGCUUCGAAUCUUCACACAGACAACCUAAAUGCAAAAGCGAAAGACAAAGUGCAUGGCUGUGCUGACAGGGAGAGGACUCAGGCCACAGAGAGAGUGAAUUCCCAACCAGUGAAUGAAAAGGAGGGCAAUGAUAAAAACGCUGCCCUGGCACCAGCAUCAUGGCACCAACGAGGCCAAAACCCAGGGAAAAGCUACAGACUGAAGCACGGCCUCACAACAUAUAAAAUCAUUCCUCCAAAGUCAGAGAUGCGCUGUUACAACAAAGACGUGUCCCUCUCCACCGGCGCCAUUAAGAUUGACGAGCUGGGGAACUUGGUGAAUCCCCACACCACCGGCAUCAGGAUCAUUUCCCUGUCUUCGUCUGUGCCUGAAGCAGAAACUCAGCCCAUUGGGAAAGUCAAAGAGUUCUGGAGGUGCAACUCUGUGGAAAAGCACCUGGGUCAGCCCUCGGAGAACUCUGCCAGGGGACCCUCCUCCCCGCCUGUGUGCACCCAGACACAGCAUCCAGAGAGCAGACUCCAAGCAGACCCCAAGCCAAUAUUGCCCCAGCAGCAGUCUGCCCACCAUGAGGGCCGGAACCCCCUCAAGGAGGGGAGAAGCCAGCCCCCCACCAUGGGCAUGGGUCACGUGAAGGUGCCAGCAACUCACAACACAGAAGUCACAUUUCUCAAGCCUCAGAGAAGAACAUCCAGCCAGUAUGUGGCCUCUGCCAUUGCCAAGCGCAUAGGACCCCCGAAAGUCCAUGCUGACGUGGUAAGGCCGCACGGUCAUGCCGAGAAGGGUUAUGCAGGCAGGGUGCCAGUGCUGGCUGCACCACCUGUAACUGUGAAAGAUGACAGGACCUCCAGCCCACACUCAGAGACACAAGGUUGGAAGGACGGUGCCCAGCGGCCCUGUGUCACUCCUCCUGACAACCAUGGGGAAGACUCAGCAGUGGGAGCCCCUCCUAGCAGGGAGGUCAGCAGCCCAUACAGGAAGUUGUAUACUCAGGAUGGACCUGCUGCUAUCCACAGAAGCUCCUGUUUUUCACUGGUUCAGUCUUCCCAGAGGGAUGAUGUUUCUGUGGGACAGAGCUGUGGUUUCAGUGGAAAGCAAAGCACAAGUAACCAGGAGGCCAACUCAGCAUCUGAACCCAGACACGCACCUGAUGGUACAGACCCACCCCCUCCACACAUGUUCAAUGCCCAGGCCUGCAGCAGGGAGCUGGCCAACGGCUCUGUGCAUGUCCCAGGCCGCGGCGAGCCUUCCCAUCCUCCAGAAGGGUCUGGCACAGAAAGCCACAUUCUCCUAGAAAGAGAGGAAAAGCCCAGUAUGUUCUCUACAGAUGGAAAUGAAACAGACAGUAUUUGGCCACCCAGUAUUUUUGGGCCGAAGAAAAAAUUCAAACCUGUUGUCCAGAGACCAGUCCCAAAAGACACAUCCCUGCACUCUGCCCUGAUGGAAGCCAUCCACUCUGCAGGAGGGAAGGACAGGCUACGCAAGACGGCAGAACACACCGGGGAGGGCAGGCCAGCGAAACUGUCCUACGCGGAGGCAGAGGGCGAGCGAUCUGCACUGCUGGCAGCUAUCCGUGGGCACAGCGGCACCUGCAGCCUGAGGAAGGUGGCAUCCUCUGCCUCUGAGGAGCUCCGGAGCUUCCGAGAUGCUGCGCACACUGCACAGGGCUCAGAAAGUCCUCUGCUAGAAGAUCUUGGCCUUCCGCCCCCUCCAGCUGUGCCCCCACCACCUCCUCCACCCUCCCAGGCUCUCUCUGCACCAAGGACGGCCUCCAGGUCCAGCACAGGCACCCCCAGCAACACCGUAGACGCAAGGCAAGCCUUGAUGGAUGCCAUCCGCUCCGGCACAGGGGCUGCGAGACUGAGAAAGGUGCCCUUGCUCGUGUGAAUGAACAGAGGCCAGAGAAUUGCAGAAACCCACCUGUAAGACGCCCACAGGCAUCACUCAAGGAGUCUGCAUAGCCAGGAACAUCAAGUUUUGGUGUUACUUUCUUGUCUACAGGCCAAAAUGUGCACAGUUGAUUUUCGGUGUGUUCCUGUAUAACAGCUCGAAAGGAAAGGAGAAGAUGCUGCGUUGCUGCGCAGCUCAUGUGCCAAGGAAAUGUGUUUUGCCUCUGAAUAUCUUAAGUUGCUAAUAAAUGAUUCUUGUUGGCAGGUUAAUGGGACUAUAAAUGCUGGAGCCCAGCACUCACACUUAAUUAUAUUUAUGGGCAAAGUGAAAAGAAUCAUGCCUUAGACUGAUUUUGGACCUUUGAGACUUUUACCACAUGCAGAUGGAUGAAACCACUUACUGAUUUAAGAUCUUUUGAAUUUUAGAAAAAAAAUAUGAAUCAGUUGGAACAAUCUGAAUGUGAUAUGCUCCAUGAUGCUGUGUGUGUAUGUUUUGGUAGUAAGGAAAAAAAGAAAACAUUGGGAGGCUUUUCAAAGGUAGCUUUGAUAGGUAGUAAAACUACUGGAUUCUUCUUCCUCAAAUAUUUGGGGCUAACACUUCACAGGGGGUCAUAGUCCAUGAUCUGACCAACUGAGCUUCUUAAAAUCAACUAUUACCACCCAGAAAACAAUCCUACGUGAUCAUGUGGCCAGAGCAUGCCUGAGUCCUCCAAGGGUGGCGGGUGGCUGAGGUCACAACACCACUGGAGUGGAUGGGAAAUGCCCCACAUGGACAUCUGUUCCCCAGGCUAUGAAGUGACAUAGGCCUCCUCCAUGGUGUCUGUGUACAGAGCCUGGUAACUUCUCUAGGAGCCUUCUGGAAUCCUGCAGAGGGUCAAGGAGCAGGGAUGUUGGAUGCCCGCCUAUCACAGAGUUCAGAUCAAAGUUGCGCUGAGAGCGUCACAGUUUUGGUUCAGACUUGACACGUUUGCCAACAGCUCGUUGGCUCCCUUUGUAUAAUAUCAUGGUCUUCUCCUAGCACAUGGUGCCCAGUCACCAAUAUUUGUAAUGAGGUUUAACUACAGCAGUAGUUUUUCAUAUCUAUAUCUCUAAAACAUUUUGUUAUACUGAAAAAAACAGUAGUAGAAAUCAAGAUGUGUUGAUGAAAUAAAAUCUGUAUCUGAGUGAGAAGACAAGUAUGGUGAGGUCACUUGAAUGUCUCACAGCGAUCUCAGAUCUUGGCCUCAGGUAGAAUGGAAGCUGUUUUGCAUUCACUGAUGAACGUUGCUAAACUCUUGGUGAGGCACGAGCUGCCAGCCAAUUGCUCUUCGUCACAGCUGUCUACUACUUGUCUUUUAGUGCCACAAAUAAAAGGAAAGCAAAUCU